CGGCGGGCCGGGCGCGCAUGCGUGCAGCGGCUGGGAGGCGGUAUCUUCCCCGGCGUCGACCCUGGAGGUUGAGUGCUAAACUGUGGGGCGCAAGUGGGAGCCGGCCGUUAGUCCUGUAGGCAUAGCUUUGUGUUAUUCUUGGAAAAUUUCGCACCACUUGUGAAUUCCUUGAACCUGGGCAUUGCAAACCCACUUCUUUUGGGCCCAUCUCCUUUGCACUUUGCUCAGAUUAAGACUCAGUUGGCGCUUCAGCAGCUGAAUGCCGUUGCCUCACAUAGUUCAGCACCACCUUAUACUUUAUUAAAUCAGGCUUUCUUGAAAAUAGCCAUGUCGAGACCCAGGUUUAAUCCUCGAGGGAACUUUCCACUGCAGAGGCCACGAGCACCUAAUCCUUCUGGGAUGAGGCCUCCAGGACCAUUUAUGAGGCCUGGAUCUAUGGGUCUUCCAAGAUUUUACCCAGCAGGGAGAGCCCGUGGAAUUCCACACAGAUUUGCUGGCCAUGAAUCUUACCAGAACAUGGGACCACAAAGAAUGAAUGUUCAGGUAACUCAGCAUCGAACUGAUCCAAGAUUGACCAAAGAAAAGUUGGAUUUUCAUGAAGCACAACAAAAGAAGGGGAAGCCUCAUGGUAGCCGGUGGGAUGAUGAAUCUCAUUUGUCUCCAUCAGUGGGAGUGAAACAGAGUUCUGUAACACAAGUUACAGAGCGGAGUCCUAAAGUACAGAGCCGCUAUACAAAAGAGAGUGCCUCAAGUAUCUUGGCAAGUUUUGGAUUAUCUAAUGAAGAUUUAGAAGAACUUAGUCGUUACCCUGAUGAACAGCUAACUCCGGAAAAUAUGCCAUUAAUUUUGAGGGAUAUAAGAAUGCGAAAAAUGGGGCGCCGGUUACCUAAUUUGCCUUCUCAGAGUAGAAAUAAAGAAACCCUUGGCAGUGAUUCAGUUUCAAGCAAUGUGAUUGAUUAUGGGCAUGCAAGCAAAUAUGGCUACACAGAAGAUCCACUUGAAGUUCGUAUUUAUGAUCCUGAAAUUCCAACUGAGGAAGUGAAAAAUGAAUUUCAAUCAGAACAGGACAUUUCUUCAUCUGUUCCCACUCCAAAUGUGAUAUGUAAUUCUGUAUUUCCUGUUGAAGAUGUAUUUCGACCCAUGGACUUUCCCAGUGAGUCCAGUAAUCAGUCAUUUUUCCCUAUUGAGAGUGGAACCAAGAUGUCAGGCUUACAUGUUUCAGGAGGACACUCGGUCCUUGAACCUGUAAAAUCCGCCAGCCAGUCCAUUAGCCAAACAGUUAACCAGACAAUGAGUCAGUCUUUGAUUCCUCCAUCUAUGAACCAGCAGCCAUUUUCAUCAGAAGUCAUUUCAUCUGUAAGCCAUCAAGAUCGAAUUUCUCGUGAACCUGUGGUUAAUUCAUCUAAUGUACAUGGAUCAUCAGGAGGAAGUAAAAAGAGUUACCGGUCAGAGGCUGACACUCCAAUUCAGUCUCCCUUCGGGAUUGUGAAAGCAUCAUGGUUACCAAAGUUUUCACACGCUGAUGCCCAGAAGAUGAAGAGACUUCCUACUCCUUCUAUGAUGAAUGAUUACUAUGCAGCAUCUCCAAGAAUAUUUCCACAUUUGUGUUCUCUGUGUAACGUAGAAUGUAGUCAUUUGAAGGAUUGGAUUCAACAUCAAAAUACAUCUACUCAUAUUGAGAGCUGCCGACAGUUACGUCAACAGUAUCCUGAUUGGAAUCCUGAGAUCCUACCAUCAAGAAGAAAUGAAGGCAAUAGGAAAGAAAAUGAAACUCCAAGAAGACGUUCUCAUUCCCCCAGUCCUAGACGUUCCAGGAGAUCAAGCUCAAGUCACAGAUUCCGACGGUCUCGAAGUCCAACGCAAUAUAUAUAUAGACCAAGAAGUCGAAGUCCAAGAAUUUGCCAUCGCUAUAUUUCUAGAUACCGGUCCAGAUCCCGUUCACCACAUCGAAUGAGAAAUUCAUAUAGGGGCAGUCCGAAAUGUUACCGAUCAGUUAGUCCUGAAAGGACAGUAAGGAGAUCAGUGAGAUCAUCAGAUAGGAAAAAAGCAUUAGAAGAUGUAGUACAGCGAUCUGGAUAUGGGACAGAAUUUAGUAAACAGAAGCAUCAUGAAGCAGUUGAUAAAGGACUCUCACCAGCACUAAAGCCUAAAACUGGCAGUGGAUCAAAGCCAUUCAUUAAAUCUACAAGUGCUACAAAGAGUGAUUCGAGUUUAGCACAUUCUACUCGUUAUAAAUCAAAGAAUCUUGAAGAUGAAACCUUACCAGAAUGUAAACCGGUGUCUGAUAAACCGGUUUCUCUUCAGCGUAAGCUUCGGAAAGAUCAGACUUCACCUUAUGGUUCAGUUCUACUUGUAUCUGAAUUACCAGAGGAUGGGUGUACUGAAGAUGAUGUUAAGAAAAUAUUUCAGCCGUUUGGGAAAGUUAAUGAUAUCCUUAUUGUUCCAUAUAGAAAGGAGGCUUAUUUGGAAAUGGAAUAUAAAGAAACAGUUACUGCAGUCAUGAAAUAUAUUGAAACGACACCUCUUUUGAUAAAAGGGAAAAGUGUUAAAGUAUGUGUUCCAGGAAAGAAAAAGUCCCAGAACAAAGAGUUGAAAAAGAAGACAAUAGAUUCAAAGAAAACAGUUUCAUCUACAUUAAAAAAGGAUUCCGAUACUUCCAAAGCUGCUGAAACUGUGACUGCUACAGUGAUAGGAAUUGAAUCCAGGACUUCACAUAUGAAAGUCAAAACUGGACAAGCAAAGACGUCUAUAGCCAAAGUGAAUAAAUUUUCAGGGAAACCUGCUGGUUCUGUAAAAUCUGUGCUAACAGGAGCUAAAGGUAAAGCUUCAAUCAAAACAGCCAAAUCUAGUGGAAAGAAAUUUCUGGAACUCAAAAAAAGUGGCAUUGGCAAAAAAGAUACUAACAAAUCUUUGAUCGUACCAGAAAAAUCUGAACUAAAGAGCAGAAUGAAAGCCAAAGCUACUGAAAGUACUUACGAUGAAACUGUUUCAGAAACUGCUUUGGAUGCCUCAGAAAAUGAACCAGUUAAAAAGGAAACAGAGGAAAUGUGCGUGAUACUUAUUUCUAAUUUGCCUAAUAAAGGAUAUUCUAUAGAAGAAAUUUGCAACCUAGUAAAACCAUUUGGUGGUUUAAAGGAUAUUUUGAUUUUAUCAUCUCACAAAAAGGCUCUUCUAGAGUUAAAUAAAAAAUCUGCAGAUUCUAUGGUAUACUUUUAUACCUGUUUCCCAAUAUCAGUAGAUGGAAAUCAACUCUCAAUAAGUAUGGCUCCAGAAAGUAUGAAUAUAAAAGAUGAGGAAGCUAUCUUCACAACCUUGAUUAAAGAAAAUGACCCAUCGGAAAAUAUGGAUAAAAUUUACGAUCGUUUUGUACACCUUGAUAAUUUACCAGAAGAUGGACUUCAAUGUGUACUUUGUAUUGGGCUUCAGUUUGGAAAAGUGGAUCACCACAUAUUCAUGAGUAAUAGAAACAAGGCAAUUCUUCAGCUCGAUAGUCCUGAAUCUGCGCAGUCAAUGUAUAGCUUUCUGAAACAACAUCCACAGAACAUAGGUGACCAUGUAUUGACCUGCAAAUUAUCUCCAAAAAUGAAUUUGUCAGAGGCUCAAGCAGAGAAGUACACAGGAUCAGGAAAAGAAAGCCCUGACUUGAGAAACAUUCCAGUUGACGAAAGUGAGGUUCAGACAGCAACUGAUAGUUCCUCUGUUAAACCUAGUGAGGUUGAAGAAGAAACUAUUACCAACAUUCAAACAGAAACUUGUACACUAAAGGAAGAACCUGGUGAGGAAAAACCUGAAACACUGUGUGACCCUGACUUGAUGAUAGAAACAUUGGAAAUUAAAACUCAGGAAGAGAUCAAGGUGGAAAUUCCUCUUGUAGCAUCCACUCCAGUCAGUAUUGAAUUACUCACUGAAAACAUAGAGGAAUCAGUUUUAGAUCAGCAGGUGUCUACCAGUGAUUUUCAUACAGAAGAGGCAGAAACUAUUUAUCCUGGAACAGAGUUACUAACAUCUGAAAGUGCAUUUAUAGAAGAAAGGAGCAUCAAAGGAAUUCUAGAAGAAUCUCCAUCUGAAGCAGAAGAUUUUUUCUCUGACAUUACACAGUCUAUGAUGGGAGCCGUAGCUGAAGUAAACAAAUACAAAACGGCUUCAGAAGUAAUACCUUCUGAUUGUGUUACGGCACUAGUACCAGAAAUUUCUACUGAGAAUGAGAAGGCAUUGAGCAAAAAGGAAAUUUCUGGAAAAAGUAACAUGGAUGAAAAGGAAGAGAAUGAAUUUAAUGUAAAGGAAACCGGAAUAGAUCUGCAGAUCGUAACAGAAAAUACUGAAAAAAUUGAUUCUAAGGUGGUUACAGAGAAGUUGGAAAAGAACAUGGCAGCAGUGAAAGAAAAGCCUGCAGAAAACAUUGUGAACAAAGCAUUCUCAAAUAAAGGAGUAGGUCAAGUAAAUAAGCCUGAUGAAACUGGUAAAACUAGUAUGUUCCCUGCACCAAAUGUAUCUAGUGCUAAAACAAGUAUCAAAGCCACAAUGGUUGCUUCUCCAAAGGUAAAAGCUACAGCUUCAAAAUCUGAAAACCAAAAAAGUUUCCUGAGAUCUGUACUCAGAGAUCAAAUAAUUGCUGAGAAGAAACUUGCAGCCAAGGAAGUGGGUCUGCUUAAACCUACAAGUGCCAGGUCAGGCUUGACUGAUUGGAGCAGUAAAUUUAAACCCACUCAGAGCGCUUUUCCCAGAGGCAGUGGAAGGAUCUCAGCCUUUCAAGGCAAGGAUUCUAAACCGGAUUUCAGGGAUGUAACAAAACAAUCUCAGGAAACAGAGGCUAGACCUCUCUUCACGAAAUGGGAAGACAGCAGCAACAAGACUUUUACUGGGAAAAACACUAAGAAUCCUAAAAGCACCCCUAGUCGAAGCUCCAAGUUUAAUGAGGAACUGCUCUUAUUUUCAUUUAAUUUGGAUGAAUGUGUUACUGUGGAUGAGGUGGUAGAAGAUGUGAACCCUUUUCAAACCAAGCAGAGUCCAGAAAAGACAAAAAGAAAGGAAUCCCUCAAAAGUACACCAGAGCUUAACUUAAAGAAGAAGGGGAAAACUUCUGCCUCUCAUGUUGCUGAGGGAGAAUUAUCUUUUGUAACAUUGGAUGAGAUAGGGGAAGAGGAGGAUGCAGCUGCACAUCUAUCACAGAAUCUUGUCACUGUCGAUGAAGUCAUUGAUGAAGAGGAAAUAAAUAUGGAAGAAAUGGUAAAAAAUUCAAAUGCACUUCUUACGCUAGAUGAGUUAAUUGAUCAAGAUGAUUGCAUUUCCCAUAGUGAACCUAAAGAUGUUACAGUAUUGUCAGUGGCUGAAGAACAAGAUCUUCUCAAACAGGAGCGUUUGGUGACUGUGGAUGAGAUUGGAGAAGUAGAAGAGCUACCUUUAAGUGAUUCGGCAGAUCUGAGUUUUACUUUAAAUACUAAAGUAGAUGAGGAAAAUACCGGAAGAGAUAGCAUUGGGUUCAUUUCUUCUCAGAUGCCUGAAGACCCUUCUACUUUAGUUACUGUAGAUGAAAUACAAGAUGACAGCAGUGAUUUGCAUUUAGUGACUUUAGAUGAAGUAACUGAAGAGGAUGAAGAUUCUCUAGUGGAUUUUAACAGUCUUAAAGAAGAACUUAAUUUUGUUACUGUUGAUGAGGUUGGAGAAGAGGAAGAUGUAGCUAAUGAUUUGAAAAUAGAAUUUGCACGAAAAAAUGAUCAUUCUGCAGAAAAAAGAGAGAGAAAAAAGAGAGCUAUGGACACAAAGAAAACAAAACUUGAAGCCUUGUCUGAAGUAGGUCCAAAAGAUGAGAAUAUUGUGGAAGAAGAUCUGAAAAGCACGAUUGAAAGACACUUAACAGUUGAUGAAGAAUCUAAAUUAAAGGAUUCAGAACCAGAACGAAAACGCAGGAAAAUUGAAGAUGACUCUUUAGGAACGUCAGUGACAUCUGAUGUCUCUGAAGAUUUAGACUUUCUUGUACCGAAGGCUGGGUUCUUCUGUCCAAUUUGUUCCCUCUUCUACUCAGGUGAAAAAGCAAUGACAAAUCACUGCAAGAGUACACGCCAUAAACAAAAUAAACAGAAGUUCAUGGCCAAGCAAAGAAAGGAAAAGGAGCAGAAUGAGGCUGAAGAAAGAAGCUCUAGGUGAUUGGGGAAAAGGGGAAAGAAUUCAUUAGAAAUUCACUUAGGGUCCAGUUGAUUUGUGUAUUUUUGUUAUCGCUUAAUUUGUAAUUUUUGUUUCAAAAGCAAAUAUUCAUGUUGUACAAAUUUCUGAUUGCCCUUGAUGUAGAGAGACUGAUGGGGAAAGUAUGAUGGGUUUGAUUUUUAUAUCAAAUCAUCAGGCAUGGAGAAAUAUCUUUUAGAAGUGUUAAAAUAAAUGUUCCUACUGCAUAUUUAAAAUAC